AUGUCCCGCUCCCCCGCAGCCCACCAACGCGCCCUCGACGCAGGGAUGGUGAACGUCCCCCUUGAAAUCCUCCUAUCCAAGUCAAACUGGAUAUUAAAUAUCGUGCCUCCAGGAGACGUAUUUACAUUCGUGCGCAGAGUACUUGCAGUGUCCUAUUCCGCUCCCCUUCCCCUUCCACGCGCCUUUGUCGAUUGUAACACUGUGAACCCCAAAAUGGUAAAAUGCAUCGGGGGGCUGUUUAAGGAAGCCCCUGUGGGAUUCAUUGAUGUGGGGAUAGCAGGGACACCACUACGAACAGGAUGGGAUCCCACUUUUGAUGCCUGCGCAGGUGCUGGAAUUGGCGAUGCGAGUUCUUUGAAACUUUGCGAGUUUACGAUGAGGAAAGGAUCUAUAGGCCUCUUCAUGAUGAUGAUGCUGACCACCCACCGCUCCUCACCAGCAACAGCUGAUGCUCUAAUGAAAGAACUCAGUGUCUCCCAACCAGCCCUAAUGGGCAGACUUAUCCAAACAGUCUCAGAAGGAAUCCCCAAAGCCUACCGAUUCGUAGCCGAGAUGGAAGGGCUCGCAGAAUUUGUAGGAGGGGGAGAAGCAGAUGUCUUCAAGGAUUUGCGAGGGUGUUUGAGAGGGUCCAGGGAUCGGUUGAGGAUGAUGGGGCGGAUGUCGAGACAUUGA